AUCCACACACUCUCCACACGUCUCUUGUAUUCACAUCCAUAUACCGACUACGUCUCCGAAGAAUCUCGAACAUAGCUUGGAUCCUACAUCUCUAAAGUCGAAACGCAAGUAUAUAUAGCCACGAUGUCUCUCAAGUCUGACGCCUUCCCCUCCUCCGCCGCCUUCGACGCCAUCUCCUCCGCGCUCUCCUCGCCAGCCGAGCGCUCCGACGCGAUAAAAAAAGGCGGCGCAAUCUUCGGCUUCACUUUGAAAAACGCCGGCGCCGAGGAGUCAUGGCACAUUGACCUGAAGGAGAGCGGGACCGUGGGGCGCGGACUAGCACCCGAGGGCAAGAAGCCCGCCGUUACGCUCAUCCUCGCGGACAAGGACUUUGCGGGUUUGGUUGCUGGUAAGGCGAAUGCGCAGCGGCUGUUUAUGAGUGGGAAGCUUAAGGUUAAGGGCGAUGUUAUGAAGGCGACGAAGAUGGAGCCGAUUUUUAAGAAGGUGCAGGGUGGGGCGAAGUUGUAGGUUGAUUUGUGGGGUUGUGGGUGAAUAGGGUGGAUGGAGGAUGGUUGUAUUACUGUUCUGUUGUUGUGUUGAUUUACAUCUUCGUAUCAUGAUCUUUAAAUCACUGCCCC